AUGAGGCUGAUAACUGAAUCUGGUAAAAUUAUUCCAGUCAGCGACAAGCAGGUCAUCGGUAGAGACCUCUUCAAGUCCAAGAUAGUAUCAAAAGCCCAUGGACUACUCUGGCUUGAAGGGAAUUCAAUCUUUUACAAAGAUACAGGAAGCUUGCAUGGUUCAUUUCUCGUCGAUUGUAUCACUGGGCAAGUCACUCAACUUACCCCUGAGCCGGUCAAGAUUGAAAGCGGUUUCAAAUUGCAAUUAAGCAAGCGCCUCAAGAUUCGCGAUAAGAUUUUUAAGCCUGUCACUGUCACUGUCAAAGCUGACUCGCCAUCCAACGUAUUCUCUGCGGACUUGAGCGAUAUCAGUGAAAAUCUUGAUCAUGCUGAUAAUGAGCGUGAAACUAGUGUGAAUAACGCAACUGGAGGUAGCUUUGACGAUGAAGAGAGCAAAUACUAUGAUUAUGAUGAUGAGGGAGAGCAUGACGAUGAUUAUGAGGUUUACUAUCCAGAGCCAAACCAAACAAUCAGAUCAGGUAAUGAUGUUACCAAUGAAAUUCCCUCUGAGUCAUCAACUAUUAACCCCAACAGCCUCAAAUGUGGCUCUGAUUUACUUCUUCGUUCUCAAAUUGCACACCUUGAAGACCAGCUUACAGCACAGUCUAGCACCCUCGAUUCACUAGCAUAUGACCUUAAAGAAAUAAGACUGGAAUCCAUAAAGAGCGAAAUUAUAAACAAGAGACUCCAAAUCGCUAAACGCAAGGAAGCGUUCAGAUUCGCCAGGAUCAGGACAAACAAGCUCAAGAAAUCAAAGUCUUCAAACUUCACUGACAAGACGGUCAACAAACCACCAGCUGAAUACAAGCAAAAUCUCACUGCUGGGAUUGUAGGUGGCGCUCUAGGUGUCAGCCUGGGUGCGGCAGCGACGAUAACCUUCCUCUUGAAUUUGAAUUGA